GCAUACUUUUUCUAUGGUUUUAACUAACAAACAUGUUUUGAGGUUAUACGUGUCUAAUUAUAAUUAAAAUGAUAGUUAUAAAUACAUUUACGAUUAAAUUGAUAUAAUUAAGAACUUGGAAAUACAGGAAAGAUUAUUAACAAAGAAAUGGAUACCCAAAAUUUUGAAGAAGAAAUUGAUAUCCACAAUUAUUCUCUGUCGAAUAUCGAUAUAAAACAAGAAUUAAUUGACGAAGAAUCUGCAGAAAAAAUUCAAAAUGCAAAUGAACAAAUAAAUGGAAUUCAUUCAAUCAAACAAGAAAUCAACGAUGACUUGAAUACAAUUAAAAUAUUAGAUAAUAAUGUGGAUGUAUCUAAUGAAACAAAAAGGAACGUUUGCAGUACUCACAUCAUACUAAACAAACCCGUGUAUUCAAAAUUUGCCCAUAGAAAGAGAAUUAAAUCAAAAGUUUCAGGACUGUUUAGAAAUUGGAAGUAUAUGCAACCAAAUGCUAUGGGAUUAAUGAUAUGUGCAUAUUGUGGGAAGUUAUACACAAAACAAGUAGAAUUGUUAUGCCACUUAACAAUGAAUCAUUGUAUGAAACUAAACAAUUUUUAUAAGAUGAAAAUUCAUCAUAAAAGUAAAAGGGAUACAUUUAUUAUGAGAAAUCUUGAUAUAAAACAUGAAAUAGAAGCAGUUGAUCAUGAAUUAAAAGUGGAGCUGCCAGACACUACAAACCAGUUGGAUGUUACCAAUAAUUUAAAUUCAAGUGUACAAAAGGGUUUGAAAUCAAUUCAAAUCAAAUCAAAUAUGCAUUCACAUACUUACACAAGGACUAAACCAUUCAAAGAAAAGCCAUUUCAGUGUGAUAUUUGUCAUAAAAUUUUUUCACAGAUCAAAGGUUUGAAAAUACAUUUGCGUAGUCAUACAGGAGAAAAGCCAUUCAAAUGUGACAUUUGUUUAAAAACUUUUUCAGAUAGCAGUAAUUUGAAGAGACAUUUGCGAAGUCAUACAGGAGAAAAGCCAUUCAAAUGUGAUAUUUGUUUGAAAAAUUUCUCACGUAUAGGAAACUUGAAGUCACAUUUGAGUAGUCAUACAGGAGAAAAACCAUUCAAAUGUGAUAUUUGUUUUAAAACUUUUUCACAGUCAAGUGAUUUGAAGAGACAUUUGUGUACUCAUACAGGAGAAAAGCCAUUCAAAUGUGACAUUUGUUUAAAAUCUUUUCCGCAUAAAGGUGACUUGAAGAAACAUUGGCGUAGCCAUACAGGAGAAAAGCCAUUCCAAUGUGACAUUUGUUUGAAAAAUUUUUCACGUAUAGGCAACUUGAAGUCACAUUUGCGUAGUCAUACUGGAGAAAGGCCAUUCAAAUGUGACAUUUGUUUGAAAACUUUUCCACAUAAAAGUAAUUUAAAUUUACAUAUGCGCUGUCACACAGGGGAAAAGCCAUUCAAAUGUGACAUUUGUUUGAAAACUUUUCCACAUAAAGGUAACUUGGAGAGACAUUUGCGUACUCAUACAGGAGAAAAGCCAUUCAAAUGUGACAUUUGUUUUAAAACUUUUCCGCUUAAAGGUAACUUGAAGAAGCAUUUGCAUAUUCAUACAGGAGAAAAAUCAUUCAAUGUUGACAUUUAUUUGCAACCAUUUUCUAAUGAAAGUAUUUAGAAGUAAAUAUAUGCAGUCAUAGGAACAUGAAAAAUAUGGAAAAUAAUUAAUUUUUUGACAUGAUAUAAAAAGACUAUUGUUAAUUCUGUUCUAUAGUUAAAUUGUAACAUUACUUUUGUAAACUUUUAAUUUAAAUUUAAUAAUUUUUUUUAAAAAACUGACUUUAAAGGCCUCGAAAAUUAAUUGGCGCAGUCAGUAGGAUAUUCGGGAGUUUGCGUAUCGAAAGUGGACUUUUUGUGAAACUUAUAACCGGAUUAAAAACAUCCAUUAUUGGCCGAAUUUAAAGGAAUCAAUUCAAACUUAUAUUAACAUCUGCGAAAUUUUGGAAAGUUUUCCGAACAUGUGAAUUUGUAGAUUUACUGUUACUUAUUAGUUACUGUGUCAUAAUAAUAUCAGUCAUUCACUUAGGAUUAUGCAAUUUCAUAAUUUUUUUUAUUACUCCUAGUGAAAACUCUAAUCUGUCGCUCAGCUGGCCGUAAGCGUUUGUUAUGACUGCAAUGGAGUAUCACUUCCAUGAAUGACUUCCUUCAAGUUCCAAUUCUAAAUUAUGUCAACCCUCAACUUCUAUAAUCUAUUCACACUAACAUAAGUAUUAUCGUGAGGUCACAAGUUUUUCAAUAGAUCUAAACUGAUCUAAAGUAAUUGAGCAUUUUUUUGAAAUUUGUAUGAGUUUAUACACCAAACCCGGUCAAAAGCUACCACAAGAGGUUUAAUAUUGGAUGAUCUUGUUGAAAAUACCAAUAAAAGAAUUGAAUUAGCUAGAGGCAGUUAUUGUCAUGAUCGCGAUGCCCUGUGCGCCAAUAUUGUGGAACUGGAAGCACUCAUUGGACUAAUAAAUAAUAGUAGAAAAUCUGUCAGGACUCCUCCGGAGAACUGCUGGGAAUGUUACCAUUGGUAACUGGUUUACAAGUCUAGACCUGAUUAAUGAUACAAAAAACCAAGUAGAGCUUCCUCUAUAAUUCAGUAACCCAGUAAAAAUUGCUCAUUGGUUUCAUACAUUCCAAAGCAAAUAAAAUUUUUGGAUAAAGCAACAGAUUAACCAGAAAUAACUAUGAUGUAUAACGCAAUAAAAGGUGGAGUGGACAUAGUAGACAAACUUCGUUCUGUUUAUAUAAAUGUGCCAGAAAUACACAAAGAUGGCCAAUGGUAAUAUUUUCUACUCUAUGCUAAAUGUAACAGUUAUAAACUCUUAUGCUAUUUCCAAUUCCAAAAUGAAAUCUCCUUGGUUAUUUGAUUUUUGAUUUUUCACAUAAAUUGUAGAUCUUUUUAUUACCAACUUUGCUAUUCAACUUAUAUUCUCUUCCCAAUGGGUUUCAUCUUACUACUUUGUUGUUUCAAACAUUAUCGAACCUGGUGUAUUCAACAUUUUUUGGGGUUUGAAAAUAGAAAAAUCAAAUAACAGUUAAUCUUUAAGUGAAAAAGAUUUAAUAAACAAAGUUUUAGUUAAAUCAACAUGCAAGAUUGCAAAAUAUCUCAAGUCAAUAUAACGGAAAGUUCUAUAAACAGUGAAUCUGAAGCCAUAAAUGUAAAAUUAUCCAUGGGGAGUUGAUGGAUUUAUGAGUGUAGGGACAAAAAUCCGUACAUUUUUAGACAGCUUAGCAAGUAAAUUAUAGGCACUGACUGAGAUUGUUAUUGUUUCUCGUAAUUUAGCAGUUGUCAAAUGUCCCAAGUAUAAACAUUACGUCUCUGUUAGAAUUUUAGUUUCAAGUGUGGAAAAUUUAAAAGAAAAAAGCGACGUGAAAUAACUGCAAAGCCUUAUGAAAAAAAUCAGGAUAUGAAAAAAUCGUUUACGGUACUUUGUAAGAAUUGGAAUAGCCAGACAAACACUGGGAAUCAGCAACUUACUAAUGUAACAGAUUAUAGUUCAAAAAUCAAGAAAAUCAGUUCCCAAAUUUUCUGAGAAGCAACAAAUUGAACAAAAAUCAAAAUUUAAAAGUCACAGCAACGAGUUUUCGCCCGAUAAAGGUUUGGAAAUCAUUAUCGACAAGAGUGAAACGACGAAUAAUAAGAUUUAUUAUAGACAGAGAGGUGAGGAAAUAAAUUCAAAAGAUACGGAAUGUUUAAUUCGAAAGUAUUGGUAUGUUUGGCGAUAUCUUCUCGUGGUUGCUCUGGAAAUUGUGUAACCGCCAAAAUAUACGAAAAAAAGAUUGUUAGGUCUAGAUUAAUGCAAUUUUUAAAGAAAAAGCUGCCCAUUGUGCAAAAGAACAUGGUUGGAGCUUUUACAUAGUUGAAUAUUCCGUUCCUGACUAGUCUAGGAAUGGUCCAAUUGUUUAUCAACUGAGGCUAAUUGAACGUUUUUGGCGAAAUUUAGAACGAAACGUAAAUUCUGAAAGUAUGGAAACAACACUAUACAAGAAGAAUUAACAAAGAGAAUUUUGAGCACACUCCGGCAAACGCCAGCAUUAAAUAAUUUCAUGCCACAUUUAUAUAAAAACAAAAACCACUUAGGAAAGCGAGCAGACUGGAUGCUGAUUCAUUUAUAUAAAAUGUGUGUAAUUAUAGUGAAGUUAAGAAUUAAAUUAAAACAGUUUGUGCGAAUUUUUGGCCCCAAACCCUUAUAAUGUUUAUUAUGUUGAGAACCAGACCUUAGCUAUCCAACCUACUGUUUCAGUAGAUUUCAAAAGUGUUAAAAUUAACAGAUAAUUUUGGUCUGAAGUAUGAAAAAGUUCAGACUUGUGAUAUAAACGACAGAAAAAACGUUUCUGGUAAUAGUAUCAAAAUUUUUAAUAAUUUCAUCUUUUCGAAAUCGAAGAAACAAGCAACUGCAACAGUUUUUCGUAGUAGUGUUGAAUUGUAUUUUUGAAAUUCUCUUCAUUGGAUAGUUAUUGUCUGAAAUAUUGAACAAAAAUGCUUUUCUUGUGCUAAUAUUCUAGGAUAAUGAAUCCUGAAUAAAAAUUGUUAGAAACCGAGCAUACAGAUGAGAAGCAACAUUUUAUAGGUAAAUGUAAUAAUUAUAAUAACAGAGCAAACCGCUGAUAAAUCUACUAAACCAUUAACAGCGUCAAACCUGAAAUAUUUUCAAGGUACACUUAACGUUGAGUUAAAUAAACGUUUAAGUUUAUAUUUUAUAUGUUAAGUUUUUGAAAUUGAUAAAUUAAAUGAAUUACAAGCUUUCAUUAAGGUAAAACCUUUCAAGGUGUUAAUUUUUAAAUAAUUUCAAAAUUUUUAUGUACCUAAAUAAAGGGGGCGUGUUGCUAAUGCUGUUCUUAAGGCAAUUCUUAUUUAGUGAACAGACCAGAUUUAUGUAUAUUUACUACUCAUGUUAGAAAACAGAUUGUUGGGUUAUGUAGAACAAUUGACAAGUCCUUUUUGUCUAUAGUCUAUUUCAGAAAUGUAUGGAGCAAUAAAAUGGGGAAUUCCGUCCAGUUUGGCUCAGAUUAGGUGUAGGUCUUGAAAUAUUGUGGAGGGAUUACUUAGGUAGUAGAUUAUACAGGUACGUUUUGCGUUUAACAGGUAACGUUUAACCUUCUAUUAGUGCCUCUAAUUAAUUCCAACCCUAUUUCAGAUUCAGCUUAACCAUUCACCAUUAGGGCAAUGGUACUUUAUCCAAAAUUUUUAGACCUUUAUUUGUAUUUACUGUUAAACCGUAAAUAGUGUUCACGGUCAGUGUUGCCACAAUUUAAAAGCUGAAUGUAAAAAUUGAACUAGAAAAUGUACUAGAUUGUACCAACUUCAAACAAAUUUAAUAAAAUUAUAGAAAGAUGUAUAAACAUAGGUUUGAAUUAAUUUUUUUUUUCCCAAAAAUAGACUGUGUCAAUUAUUAUUUUAAGGAUGAAAAAUUUAUAUAAAGUUUACCGAUAAAAUUAGCAAUGCAGUACAAAAAUCUCACGAUCUAAAUAUAAAUCAACUUGGCUCUGUUUUCUAAUUAUUGUUACAAUCUAGUACAAUUUCUAGUUUAUUUUAUUAAACGAAAAUAUAAAAUAACUUUAUAUUUGCGAACGCAGGGAAAAUGUAUUCGAAGAAAGGAAAAAUGUACUAGCGUAUAAAAUACACUAAAAUGUACUAAAAUUGUACUAGCUCUGGCAACACUGUUCACGGUAUUAUAAGAUUAGCAAUAAAAUGGCGACAUUUACACCAACGAAAAGAUGUUCUAAUAAUUAUUAUUUCAAAUGUACACGAUUGCAUAAAAUAAAAGUGGCUUAAAUAUUCGUUGGGUCACUCUGUGGUCUCUUUGCAUACCUAAUGAGAUUUUAUUACUCUAUACAUUACUGAAAUAAACUAUAAGAUAUUCUUUUGUACAAUGUAAAGCUGUUUUGCACCAAUAAAGACUCUUUUAUAAAA